ACUUCUAAUUUCUAAUCUCACCCACCAACGUUUCAUUCUUCCGUCACCAGAUUUUCUCGGAAAAAAAAAAGGGUUUUAUUUCAAAUUUUCCGGGACAAAACUAAAAAAACAAAAAAGGAAAAAGACUUGAAAUCUCGUGAGUGCUCUCGUUCGUUUAUACUUUUAUACACAUGGCGUGGCGGGGAUUCAUAUCUUUUGGAAGAAUAUGGCCACCGUUUCAGGGACGGAUGCCCCGGGUUGAUCCUUCUGCUCACACAAUCAAAUCACAUGGGGCUACACUUGCAAGAAAUCACCUUCAUGAUUGGCUCAUAUUGCUGUUGCUCAUAGUGAUAGAGGUUAUUCUUUUCGUCAUUCACCCGUUUUACCGCUUUGUGGGCAGAGACAUGUUGGAAGACCUUAAAUAUCCCAUGAAAGAGAACACUGUUCCCGUAUGGGCUGUUCCUCUAUAUGCGGUUCUGUUGCCAAUGGCUGUUUUUCUUCUCUUCUAUAUGCGGAGGAGAGAUGUUUAUGAUUUGCAUCACAGUGUCCUAGGGCUCCUGUUUGCCGUUCUGAUUACCGCUGUCUUGACCGAUGCAAUAAAAGAUGCAGUUGGUCGGCCCCGGCCAGACUUCUAUUGGCGUUGCUUCCCUGAUGGAGUAGAGGUUUAUGACAAAUGGGGAGGUGUAGUGUGCCAUGGUAAGGAAAGUGAUAUAAAAGAAGGACACAAGAGUUUCCCAAGCGGUCAUACAUCAUGGUCCUUUGCAGGAUUGGGUUUUCUAUCGCUGUACCUAUCUGGGAAGAUCAAAGCUUUUGAUCGCCAAGGGCAUGUAGCAAAACUAUGCAUCGUGUUUCUUCCGAUACUUGCUGCUUGUCUAGUUGGAAUCUCUCGCGUAGAUGACUAUUGGCAUCAUUGGCAAGAUGUCUUUGCUGGAGGUCUUCUAGGGCUGGUUGUAGCAACCUUUUGCUAUAUGCAGUUCUUCCCUCCCCCUUAUAGUGAUGAUGGAUGGGGUCCCUAUGCAUAUUUCAAGGCAAUGGAGGAAGCACGAGUCAGUUCAAACACGAACCGGGAUUCACCUCUUGUGCAGGCCAUGGAGGUUCCAGGGGGUGUGAAUCAAGCACCAAGGAGAAAUGGUGAUACAUUGCCCCCUUUCACUUAUCAUAGCCCAAGCUUGGAAGCGAUGGAGCUUGGACAGAAGUGAUCUGAUGAAUUCUUCUGCGUUAAUCUUCUCCUUUGAUCCUUGUGACUUUGCUUUUGUGUAAAUUGAAAUGAGGUUCUCGGUCUACACGGCAAACACUUGAUUUUAGCAAAGUAGCAAAUAUUGUGCAGUUUCUGUUCAUGCAUUACUAGCACUGUUGCUGGGUAAACAGAAAAUGGUGCAUGCUUUUCCGCUUAUUAAGUAGAUAGAACGUAGCUUAGUGGAAGAAUUUCUUUAGAUUAGUGUUAACAUAUGAAUAAUACUUGAUGGCAUUUGAAUAAUAACCGUGGUUCUAAA